AUGGAGGUUCCUCAAUGGGACCCACUGAGAAAUGACUCCCUGCCACCCACCCUGACCCCAGCCUUGCCCCCCUACGUAAAGCUUGGCCUCACCAUCUUCUACACCGUCUUCUACUCACUCCUCUUCGUGUUCAUCUACGCCCAGCUCUGGCUGGUCCUGCACUACGGACACAAGCGUUUCAGCUACCAGACCCUCUUCCUCUUCCUCUGCCUUUUCUGGGCCUCUCUGCGGACCAUCCUCUUCUCCUUCUACUUCAAAGACUUUGUCGCGGCCAAUUCACUGAGCCCUUUCGUCUUUUGGCUGCUUUAUUGCUUUCCCGUGUGCCUCCAAUUUUUCACCUUGACCUUGAUGAACCUGUAUUUCACUCAGGUGAUUUUCAAAGCAAAAUCAAAAUACUCCCCAGAAUUACUGAAAUACCGACUUCCCCUCUACCUGGCUUCCCUCUUCAUCAGUCUUCUUUUUCUGUUGGUGAAUCUAACCUGUGCAGUACUCGUAAAAACAGAAAAUUGGGAGAGAAAGAUUAUUAUUUCAGUUCGAGUUGCCAUUAACAAUACCCUCUUUGUUCUCUGCGCCAUCUCGCUGUCUGUCUGCCUCUACAAGAUUUCCAAGAUGUCCUCAGCCAAUAUAUACUUGGAAUCUAAGGGUUCAUCUGUGUGUCAAGUGACUACCAUUGGAGUGACCGUUAUCCUGCUUUAUGCAUCCAGAGCCUGGUACAACUUGUUUAUAUUAUCCUUUUCUCAGAAUAAGAAUGUCCAUUCCUUCGAUUAUGACUGGUACAACUUAUCAGACCAGGCAGAUCUGAAAAAUCAGCUUGGAGAUGCUGGCUAUGUAGUGUUUGGAGUGGUCCUUUUUGUGUGGGAGAUCCUGCCCACCACCUUAGUUGUUUACUUCUUCAGAGUUAGAAAUCCUACAAAGGACCUGACAAACCCUGGGAUGGUCCUGAGCUCAGUGGAGUGA